GUACGGUCUUAUGUUUACUUCCGGUAGGCUACGGGUUCAAAUCCUUUUUGUUCUCCCUAAUGUUUUUUAAAAUUCAAUCUUACACGUUUUACAUUUGAUUUCAACUUCGUUUUGGUCAGAAAUCAUAAACCAAUAUGUCUAGUCGUGGCGUCAUCGGUCCCGCCCUGCCGCCGAGGAAGACCCGCGACGAAGACUCCGAAAGUGAUGAUGAUGAUUUCGCCGGUCCAGCUCUCCCUCCGGGUUAUAAACCAGGAGGACGGUCAUCUUCAUCAGAGGACAGUGAGGAAGAGGUGGUGGCGAAGAGAGCCAAGACCAGACACCCUACCGAAGAGUUGGAUAAAGACACCAAGGAUGACGAUGCUGGAUACUUUGGACCGGCUCUGCCCCCAGGGUUUAAGAAGCAACAGGCUUCACCUGAGAGGCCGUCUGUACUAGGUCCUGCCCUACCACCAGGGUUUCGCCGGGCAGCGUCGGACGACGAGGAUGAUGGAGACAGUGACGACGGGAUCCCGGGACCGGCUCUUCCUCCGGGCUACACGGCCGAGCGGUCGAGCGGUGAGGAGGAAGAGGACGUGAUCGGCCCCAUGCCGGCCCGGGGGCCCGUGGAUGACUCCGUUCUUCGGGACAUUGAGCGUCGGGCUCAGAAGAUGAAGGACAAGCUGACUGGAAACGAAGCCCCUGAGGUGGUUGCCAGGGAGACGUGGAUGACAGAGCUCCCUCCAGAGUUGCAGCACAUCGGCCUCGGCCUCGCGGCGAGGACCUUCAAGAAGAAGGCCGGUCCUGAGAACAAGGACCGCUCCAUGUGGACUGACACCCCCGCCGAACGGGAGCGCAAGCUACAGGAGCGCCUCGAAGGAAAGGAGACGGUGAAAGAAGACGCACCAAAAAUGUCCCGCAAAGACCUGGAGAUGGCGGAAAAGGUUUCCAAGUACAAUGACAAGAAGCGCAGCGAGUCUCUGAUGACUUUACACUCCAAGAAGCAGAAGAAAGAGGCCCUGACGAAGGUCAAGGAGCCAGUGGAGAGGAAGGCGUUUGACCGCGACGCAGACCUGCAGGUGAACCGCUUCGACGAGGCACAGAAAGAACGCCUGCUGAAGAAAUCUCAGGAGUUGAACACAAAGUUCUCCCACAGCAAGGAGCGCAUGUUCCUCUAAGCCUCCAGAGGAGAGGCUGUGUGUGAAAGCUGUACGUUUUAUCUCGAAGGCAAAGGGGAGCCAGCUGUUACCGAAAUGUGUUAAUUCUCCUGUUGGUCAAUCCGGAGACCCCUGGACAGUCCAGUAGGUCUAGAAAUCUGUUUCGUGUAGCGCUACCUCCUGUAGUCUUCUCCUAUAUGGUUUGAUGAUGUUGAAAAAACAGGGAACUGCCACAUAGUUUGAGACCUUUCAACUUCAUACUGUGUCCAAAUAUGAAUGAGUUCAAACUUAAAGCCAUCAUUUCAUGCCUUUAACCUUCUUAGGAGCAUAGCCUGGAUUUAAUACCUGGAUGUCAUAUAUAGAUUAUUGUUAUGUAUUUCAAUUUAAUGUUUUAAUAAAGUAAAAAUUGCUUUGUUUACACAA